AUGUCAACAUUUAUAACAAUAAUAUUAAUUUCUUCACAUUUUGGCCCAUUCAUUUUUCCGUUUAUUUUAACACAAAUUUAUAUAAUUUAUGGAGGUCCAGAACUUUUUACUUCAAUAGAAUUAUUUUUUAUAUUUUUAAUGGUUAUUGCUUUUGUUUGUAUUUUAAAUAUUCAGGCUAAUCAACAACAAUCUGAAAGUCAAUUUUGGCAUUGGUUCCGUGGAGAAGGUGGUCGUCGAACACGCCGUUCUAUUCGCCUAUUUGUUAAUAGUUUUAGAGGAAGUCUUCGACGACGACAAAAGGUUUCACGUGGUCGUCAAAAUAAAAGAAGAGUUGGAACUGCAGAUUCUGCACUCUUAGAAGAGAGUAGUAUUUGUGGUGGACAUUCAGCUUUAAGUAAUUAUAAUAGUUUUCAGACAUUAAAUGAACGUAUUACAAACAACAAUAGUCGUCAGAGUAAUCAAAAUCGUUUAUUUUCUCGACAAAUGUCUGAACAACAAAGAGAAAAUCUUAAAAACAAUUCAAAACCCAAUUCGCCCCUUUCAUUACGUCGAGCACAAUUUUCAUUGCCUUCUAUUGUAAUUCAUCAAGAAACGCCUACUGGAAGUAGAGGAAGUGUUAAUAGUUGA